AUGCUCACGCAGUGGGUCGCCGCCGCUCCGCUUAAAGCGGCGCUCGCCCUGCUUGCCGUGUUCGUCGCGGCACGAACAGGCGUCUUCAUCCACAGCAUCCGCGCGUACCGUGAGAAAACAAAGGCGGAUCGCUGCCUGGCGCCGCGGACCUUUCUCAGCCUCCCCGCGGGCUCGGCGCCCGUUCGCCGCCUCGAGUUUUUCAAGAUCAACGACGAGGUGAUGGGUGGUCGAUCCACCAGCUCUGUUACCGCGAAGGGCGGCGACGUCACCUUCUCCGGUGUGAUCAACACAAACGGAGGCGGGUUUGCUUCUUUUCGCACGCUCGGCGCGCGGUCAGCAGGCUCCGACGAUGAGGCGCCGCUCGGGCUGCCCGCAGAAUGCGCCACGGUCGAGGUGGCGGCCACCGGGGACGGCCGGCGUUACAAGGUGACCCUCCACGUCGCCGACAGCUGGGCGAUGUCGUUGCCGGUCUGGGGUGCCGACUUUGUGACGCGCGGCGGCAGGCAGACGUUCCGGCUGCCGCUCCGCUCCUUCGUGCCGACGCGCCAGGGCCGCGUUGUGAAGGCGCCGCCGCUCAGCCCUGCGGCGGUAACGGGCGUUGGCUUCUCGCUCUCGCUCUACACCGCAGACGGGAAGCCGAACAAAGAGUUUGGAGACGGGCCGUUUGAGCUGACGGUGCAUGGCGUGGAGAUCAAGAGAUGA